AUGCCGAUUAACCAACCCAGUAAUCAAAUCAAACUCACCAACGUUUCUAUAGUUCGUUUGAAAAAAGGUGGCAAACGGUUUGAAAUCGCAUGCUACAAAAACAAAGCCAUGGAAUGGAGAAAUGGAGUGGAGACGGAUUUAGACGAAGUUCUUCAGAUUAAAAAUGUGUUCUCAAAUGUGUCUAAAGGGCAAGUUGCGCCUCAAAGUGAUCUUCAAAAGGCAUUCAAGAGUGAGGAUUUGAGUAAAAUUGUUGAAGAAAUUUUAAAGAAAGGAGAACUUCAAGUUAGCGAGAAAGAAAGAUCGCAUCAAAUUGAUAAUAUUUAUCGUGAAAUUGCUACAAUUGUUGCAGAAAAAUGUGUUAAUCCGCAGACAAAACGACCAUACACUGUAACUAUGAUUGAAAAGGCAUUAAGAGAAAUACAUCUCUCAGUCAACGCGUUGGAUGCGAUCAAACAACUUCAGGAAAAAAAAGUCAUUCCUAUUUCUCGCGCUCAAAUGCGUUUGAGAAUCACGAUGCCUAAUUCUAAGGAAACUAAGAAAGCCAAAGAAAAGUUGACUCCUUUGAUUGCAAGUAUUGAAGAUGAAAAUUGGGAUAAUGAAUAUGAACUGAUAUGUCUAAUUGAUCCUGGACAGUAUAGAACCAUUGGUGAUAUAUUGGAAAAAGAUAUAAAGGGAAAAGGUCAAAUAGAAUUAUUAUCUCUAAAUGAUACAAGUGAAGGAGAUAUAAAAUUUUAA